UCUAUAAAAACCCCAGGACAGAAACAUGACUGCAGGACAGACCCUGGCUCAUUCUUGGCCUGACACGUGGCCAAGUGGACAGACCAAGCAGACAGACAGCUGGAUAGCAGAGGAUGAGCUUGUUCCUAAAGCUGCUGGCCCUCACAUUGGCCCAAUCAGUGGCCUCAGAAGAUGACUGGUGCUAUUCAUCACAAGCAAAGGUUUUAAAUUGUUCAGGUCCAGAGGCAUGGCCUGGGUACUGCCAAACUGGGGAACAAUCCCCAAUUAACAUUAUAACCAAGCAAAUCAAGUUAAAUUACUCCCUGGUGGAUUUCAAGUUCAGUGGCUACGACCUCAAGCAGGAGACGUUUAUUAAAAACAAUGGAUACACCAUAAAAAUGCCUCUUCCGGACUCAGCAAAGAUCUCUGGAGGUGGCCUGUCAGGUACUUACAAGGGAGUUGAAUCCCAUCUUCACUGGUCGGACUCUGUGGACAAGGGCUCUGAACACACCAUCGAUGGGAAGGCCUUUGCUAUGGAGAUGCACGUUAUCCAUAUGAAGGAGAAAUUUGCUAACUUAUCAAUGGCACUUGCCUCGUCGGACAGAGAUGCAUUUGCUGUGCUGGGAUUCUUAAUAGAGGCUUCAAACCAAAAGCAUGAAGGCUUCCAGAUUAUCUUGGAUGCCCUGGAUAAAGUCUCAUAUAAGAAUGGGAAUACCUCCACAAAACCAUUGAGUCUCGAAGAACUCCUCCCAGAUGUUAAGAAUAGGAAAAAGUAUUUCCGAUACAUGGGCUCCCUUACUACUCCUGAUUGUGAUGUAAAGGUCAUCUGGACUGUGUUUAAGACUACUAUAGGCCUUCACAAAGAUCAGAUCUUGCAAUUCUCCAAGAAGCUGUUCUAUAAUGAGAAGAUUCAGAGCACUCCAUCUCCGUCGAGCAGUCCCAUCAAAGACUUCCCCAUAAUAGACAACUUUCGGCCAGUACAGGAGCUUAAGAACCGAAUAGUCUAUCACAAUGGGGUGGAAGGACUACUGCCCCAUACCUGGCCCAAGUUUCUGGCCCCUCUGCUGACCUACCUCCUGGCCAUUCUCCUCUACUGAAAGGUCCUGGACUUUCGACUUCUGGAGCCUGGACAUUUGACCUUCUGGCUUCUGAGUUUUCACAGAUAUACUGUAUAACUGUAUAUAUAUAAAUUUUAGAUAAACUUUUCCUCAGCACCUCA